CGGCGGUGCCGGCCGGGAACACGGAGGCGGCGCCCUGCCCGGGAGGAUAUUGAUGUUUAGAGGGCAGCGCGGGCCUCCAUCCGGCUGCGAUGCUGCUGCUGCUGCUGCCCUGACUCCCUCCAACCACCAGACGUUACCUUGUGCCCCCAGGGGCAUCAAUGCAUGAGCUUAUUGUUAUUUAAGCACCCUCCCAUAAACGCCUUUGGCUCACACUUCUGACUGGACCAAAGGGCUCCCGGACUUCAAGAUGCUCAUCAAGGAGUAUCGGAUUCCUCUUCCGAUGAGCGUGGAAGAGUAUAGGAUUGCCCAGCUGUACAUGAUACAGAAAAAGAGCCGAGAAGAGACGUGUGGCGAAGGCAGCGGUGUAGAGAUCCUGGAAAACAGGCCAUACACAGACGGUCCUGGUGGCAAUGGGCAGUAUACCCAUAAAGUCUACCAUAUUGGUAUGCAUAUUCCCAGCUGGUUUCGGUCUAUCCUGCCAAAGGCAGCGCUGAGAGUCGAGGAGGAGUCGUGGAAUGCGUAUCCUUAUACAAGGACAAGGUACACCUGCCCAUUUGUGGAAAAAUUCUCUAUUGACAUUGAAACCUUUUAUAUAGCUGACGCAGGAGAGCAAGCCAACGUGUUCAACCUUUCUCCUGCAGAGAAGAGGCAGACAGUUCUUGAUCCCAUUGAUAUUGUCAAAGACCCCAUCCCUCCACACGAAUACAAGUCCGAGGAGGAUCCCAGGCUGUAUAAAUCGGUGAAAACUACGCGAGGGCCUCUGCCAGAAGACUGGAUCAAAGAGCACAAGAACAACCCCGGGAGACCCCCUAUCAUGUGUGCCUACAAGCUGUGCAAAGUGGAAUUCAGAUAUUGGGGCAUGCAGUCCAAAAUUGAGCGCUUCAUUCACGACGUGGGCUUGCGGAAGGUGAUGGUGAGGGCCCACCGGCAGGCGUGGUGCUGGCAGGACGAAUGGUAUGGGCUGACCAUCGAGGACAUCCGGCAGCUGGAGAAGGAGGCCCAGUUGAUGCUGGCGCAGAAGAUGGCCCAGUUCAGCUUUAAUGAGAGCGAGCCGGAGCAGCACCUAGCCAAGGAGCAGCACCUGGGCGAGAAUGAGACGGGAACCACGGCCAUCCUGUCCUCUGCUGAGGCCGCCGAGGCAGCUAGCGACGUCGGAGGCGCCCUGCCGGCGGGGCGAGUGUUGACCAAGCAGUGGUCGACCUCUUCCAAGUCCUCUUCCAAAAGAGGAGCAAGCCCCUCGCGCCACAGCCUAUCGGAGUGGAGGAUGCAGAGCAUUGCGAGGGACUCGGAUGAGAGCUCGGAGGACGAAUUCUUCGACGCACACGAGGGCCUGUCUGAGAGUGAAGAGGUGUUCCCAAAAGAAAUCACCAAAUGGAGUUCAAACGAUCUCAUGGAUAAGAUUGAAACCCCCGAAUCUGAAGAAGCACCAGAUGACCCGUGCCUUGGGUCGGCAGCAGAGUACAACGUUGGAUCUAGCGUGGAAAGACUCGGCCUAAUGGAGGAUGUGGCACUAGCUCCACUGGUGCAGCCGAGCAAAACCCACGUCCUGCUUUUGGUUCUGCAUGGAGGCAACAUCCUGGAUACGGGGAGUGGCGACCAGAGCUCCAAGCAAGGGGACGUCAACACCAUCGCUGUGGCCUUUGAUGCCGUCAUCCGGGUCCAUUACCCAGCGGCCCUCGGGCGCAUCGCCGUCAAGCUGGUUCCCUGCCCAGCCAUCUGCUCUGAAGCAUUUUCACUCGUUUCCAACCUCAGCCCAUACAGCUAUGACGAAGGCUGCCUUUCCAACAGCCAGGAUCACAUUCCGCUGGCGGCGCUGCCUCUGCUGGCCACCUCAUCCCCGCAGUACCAGGAGGCGGUCUCCACGGUGAUCCUGCGGGCCAAUCAGGUGUACAGCGAGUUCCUCAAGUCCCAGGAAGGCGCGUCAUUCAGCGGCCAGGUGUGCCUGGUGGGGGACUGCGUCGGAGGGAUCUUGGGCUUCGACGCCCUGUGCUACAGCAAUCAGACCAUGUCAGAGAGCCAAAACAGUAGCCGGCGGGGGAGUGUCAUAAGCGUGCAGGACACUGACCUCUUGUCUCCCGGAAUCCUUGUGAACAACAGCUGCUGCUCGGGCGGCUCCAGCCUGGAGGCCAGCCAGCACCUCAGCCGCAGCAACGUCGACAUCCCGCGUAGCCACCGGGAGGAGGCCAAGGCGCCGCUGCCGCGCAAGAGGAGCGACUCGUCCACCUGCGAGACGGAUGCCGUCCGGCAGCACCAGGCCUUCCUCUCCAGUUUACAUUCCAGCACUCUGAAAAACUACCCGGGAUCAAGGAGAUCAAGCAGCUCCACGGCGCUGGACGGAGGGAAUCUCGGGAAAUUUGAAUUUGAGAUCACCGACUUCUUCCUGUUUGGAUCUCCUUUGGGGCUGGUCCUCGCCUUACGGAAAACCGUCAUCCCGACUCUUGACAUCUUCCAGUUGAGACCAGCCUGCCAGCAAGUCUACAACCUGUUCCAUCCGGCAGACCCUUCUGCCUCCCGCCUGGAGCCGCUGCUGGAGAAGAAGUUCCACCUGCUGCCGCCCCUCAGCGUCCCACGCUACCAGAGGUUCCCCCUUGGGGACGGCAGUUCGGCCCUCCUGGUGGAAACAGUCCAGAGCAACCCAGUGCUCCUCGUAGAAAGCGGCCCCCUGGCUGCUCUCCAGAUCCAGGAGAACUUCAUGGAGACCAGUAUCCCUGUCCCCAUCCUCAACUGGCAAGAUGUCUCCAGUAAAAGCCCUGGAUUGGCUGAGUCGGAUGUUGUUCCGUCUCAUGGUGGCGUCUUCGUGGAAAACGUGUCCCCUUCUGCCCCCAAUUCAGCCCCCCAGUUCAGGGGCUUCCGGAGGGCCAGCGAGGCCAGUAUUGCCAGCCAGGUCUCAGGAAUGGCAGACAGUUACACGGCUUCCAACAUAGCCAACAAAAACAAAAACCAUUUCCACCACUCCAGGGGGUUUAGCCUUCUAGCCCUGCUUGCUCUCCCGCACAAAUCCCCCGCCCACCCCUCGCCUCAAAGGCAGAGGGCAUCUAAGCCCGAAAGGUCCCAGAAUCCUCUGGGAAGAAGGUUUGGGAGGCCCUCCCAUGGGGAAGCGGAUUCCACUCUGCCGAUUCCAGAUCUCGACUUCAAUCAAGUUGCUGCGAAAUGGUGGGGGGCCAAGCGGAUCGACUACGCCCUCUACUGCCCCGACGCCCUGACGGCCUUCCCCACGGUGGCUCUGCCGCACCUCUUCCACGCCAGCUACUGGGAAUCCACCGACGUGGUCUCCUUCCUGCUCAGACAGGUGAUGAGACAUGAGAACUCCGGCAUUCUAGAGCUGGACGGGAAAGAGGUCUCCGUCUUCACGCCCUCCAAGCCCCGGGAGAAAUGGCUUCGGAAGAGGACCCACGUCAAGCUCAGGAACGUGGCCGCCAACCACCGCAUCAACGAUGCCAUUGCCAACGAGGACGGCCCCCAGCUGUUAACGGGAAGGUUUAUGUACGGCCCCUUGGACAUGGUCACGCUCACAGGGGAAAAGGUGGACAUUCACAUAAUGACACAGCCCCCAUCAGGAGAAUGGGCUUACUUUGACACGGAGGUCACCAAUAGCAGUGGUAGGAUUUCCUACGUUGUCCCAGAGAAGAGGCGGUUGGGGAUCGGUGUCUAUCCUGUCAAGAUGGUGGUCAGGGGUGACCACACGUACGCCGACAGCUACGUCACUGUCCUGCCCAAGGGGACAGAAUUUGUGGUCUUCAGCAUCGACGGAUCCUUCGCAGCCAGCGUUUCGAUCAUGGGCAGCGACCCCAAAGUCCGAGCCGGAGCGGUCGAUGUAGUACGGCACUGGCAAGACCUCGGCUACCUCAUCAUCUACGUCACGGGCCGGCCGGACAUGCAGAAGCAGCGGGUGGUGGCCUGGCUGGCGCAGCACAACUUCCCCCACGGGGUCGUCUCGUUCUGCGAUGGGCUGGUCCACGACCCGCUGCGGCACAAGGCCAACUUCCUGAAGUCCCUCAUCACAGACCUCGACAUGAAGAUCCAUGCGGCCUACGGAUCCACAAAGGACGUCUCGGUCUACACCGCCAUCAACCUGCCGCCUCCACAGAUCUACAUUGUGGGCCGGCCGACCAAGAAGUUACAGAACCAUUGCCAGUUCAUCACGGAGGGCUACGCAGCCCACUUGGCCCAGCUGGAGUACACCCAUCGCUCCCGGCCCGCCAAGAACACCACCCGCAUGGCCCUGCGGAAAGGCAGCUUCGGCCUCCCGGGCCAGGCCGAGUUCCUGCGCAAGAGGAACCACCUGCUGCGCACCAUCUCCUCUCAGCCCCCGGCCCCCGGCGGCCCCCGGCCGGAGCGGACCCAGAGCCAGUCGGAGAGCAGCCGGGAGAGAGAGCGGGAGCGCAGCCAGCGGAGCCUGAGCGUGGCCACGGGCUGCUGGGGGCGGAGCGGCGGGGCCGCCAGACUCGAGCCAGGGGCCUUGGGGCCCAAGUAGAGCCGGCCGCCUGGCAACAGCGGGCAGCUGCAGGCGCCCGUGGCGGCGGCAG